AUGGAUGAUAACCCAUUUAUUUUCCCCUUCAUCCUGAUGCAAGGUUGCCAGCAUUCUCUGAUGAUCCCAUGGCUUGUUGCUGUUGUUUCCAUCUCAGUUCUUGGUGCCUGUUUUAUUGCAAAUUGUUUGGGCUGUCCUGAUGGUUGGAGAGUCUUCCAGUCCAACUACUAUUUUCCUUUCCAUGACAAUAAGACCUGGGCUGAGAGUGAGAGGAACUGCUCGGGGAUGGGGGCUCACCUGGCGAGCAUCCUCUCUGAAGCAGAGCAAAAUUUCACAACCAAGAUUUUAAAUGAAUUAUUUUCAUACUUUCUGGGACUUAAGAGUGAAAAUGGGAGAGGUCAGUGGCACUGGACAGAUCAGACACCAUUUAAUCCACACAUGGGACAGAGAGAUUUCACCGUCCUUGUUAAGGACGGAGUCAGAUGGGACUGGAGUGAUUUUCCUUGUACCUUGAAGACAAGUAGGAUUUGUAAGAUACCUGGAACAGUACUCACACAGAAAUCAACUAAGUCGCCUUCAUGA